AUUAAAAAAUAUUAAAAUGUAGAACAGUUAUAUCAUUUAAAUAAGUUAUAAACAUUAAUUAAUAAGUUGGAUAGAUAUGAAUGUUGGAUGAAUAUUUUGUAUAGGGAUAAGGUGCUGAUGUGUAGUAAAAUCACUAGGGAAUAAAACUCAUUAACAACUAGUGACGCAAAUCGCCAUUUACGAACGAUAAUAAUUGAUAACGGGUAACCAAACAAUUGACUUAGAUGUCAACGGAGAAUUUUUAUAUUGUUCGAUUUUAAUAAAUUUUAAGUACUUGAAAAUAUAUCAACUGCUACUUUUGAACCGUUUAAAUUGAGUAUGUUAUAAUAGAUGUAUAAUUUUUUAUAGUUAACACUCAGUAAGACUCAUGGAAUUUUAUUAGCCAAUUGAAAAUUUAUCAGAAAAGCACUGAAGCAGUAAGUUCUUCAAAAGCAUUUUAUUGUAAUCACACAUUCUAUUAAUUUUUACAUGAUUUAUCAUCUCUUUUUUUGUAAUGGUUAGCAAUAAUUAUUUUAUUUUGAAAUCUAUUUAAAUUGUAUAAUAAAUUAUGGUUAUAUUAUGAUUUUAAUAAAUAACACAACCACUAUGAAUAGUUCUGGUCAAAGUAAUGAAUCUGUUAGUAAAGUCUGUGGUGAUUUAUUAAGUAGCUCUGCUUGGAGUGCUGUUAUUCAUCAACCUGCUCAUGACUCUGAUCUAGAAGAUUUACCCUCUACAGUAGAUAUGGAUGCUAUUAAAGAUCCUAUAACAACACCUCAUAAUACAAUAAAUAGUCAAGUUGCUGAAUAUUCUGAAUCUGAUUCAGAAUCUGAAUCUGAGUCAGAAAAAGAAAAGUAUUGUACUAAAAAAUUUGGUUAUUCGUCUGUAGAUGAUGAUAAUAUUGAUGACUCUUCUGAUACAUCUUUAUCAUCUUAUUUACCAUGGUCUAAAAGAAGAGCUUUAGAUAAACAACAAAGAAGUAGUAAAGACUCCAUAGAUUCUCAUAACUCAAGUUCUAGUUCAAGUGAUGAAUCAAGUUCAUCAUCAAAAUCAACUAAUUUUCUUAAUAAACAGUCUAAAUAUAAUGGUUCAUCUAGUGAAGAAUCAAAAAAAAAAGAGUAUUGGCAAGAAGAAUCUAAAAAGUCAUUUUCUUCUAGUUCAGAUAUUGAUAAACUAGAAAAUAUGGAUUCUGAUAAUUUACAAGUUAUUAAUCAAGAAGAUUUAGCAAAAAUAUUAUCUGAUGUUGAAAAUCAAAAUUUUUCUAACUGUUUUGAUGAUGUACAACCAAAAAAUUUAAGUGAUAGUACUGAUUCUAGUGAUGUAGAAAUAAAAGAUGAAGUUGUGAAUAAUGCAAUUGUCAGAUUAGAUCAUAGUUCAGAGAAUGAAAAUGAACUUCCUUAUUCAUCUAAAUUAUUAGAAGAAUUUGUUGAAAAAACUCAAACUAUGUCAGACCAAAUAAGCUCUAGAGCCUCUGCACAUUUAUUAGAUAAAAAAGACAAAAAUGAAAAAGAAAAUUUAAUGAAACGAGGUAGAGGUAGACCAAAAGGUUCAUGUAAAAUACGUGGAAAAUCUGAAAAUAUUUUACCUAAAUUAUCAGCAAGCUUAAAACGUGGACCUGGUAGACCAAAAAAAAUGCCUCCAUUAUUAGAACCAAAUAGUCCAACUCCUGUAAGUUUAGAAUUAGAAUCUCUUGAAAAAUUACAGUCUGAAAAAAAGAAGAAAAAGCACAAAAAAAAGAAAAAAAAGAAGAAGAAGAAGCAUAAAAAGUCUCUAAAUCCUAAAUUUAUUGCUGAAAUGGAUAAUCUUGUUGUUUUGUUUAUUCAAUGUUUAAAUAUUUCUAAAAUGCCUGACAGUAUUAGAGCAAAAUCUAGUUCCUUGAAAUCUAAACAAAGAGAUAGAUCUAGUAAAAAAAGGAAAGCAGAAAAAGCAAGUUAUAGUGAUAAUGAUAUUGAUAACAAAAGAAAAAAAGGUGGAUCUCCUGAUACAUCAAGAGAUUCAGAAACUACCAAUGACCAAAGAUUACCAUUAAAAAAAAGACAUUAUCAUAUAACAUCAUCUACUGGUAUAGAAGUUGCUUAUUUAGAUGAUGUAUCUAGGGAUGAAAAUUCAGGCAGUGAAUCUGAUAAAAAACCUAAAAUUUUAAAAUCUAAAUCUGAAGUAAAGAAAAAAUCUGGAUUACGAAGUUAUUCUGCUAUAUCAGAAGUGAAGUUAAAUGAAGGUGAAAAAAAAGAAGAAUCUAAGCCUAAAAAGCCUCCUGCAGGAGUAUUUGUACCAACUGUAGAAAUUCCAAAUUGGACUUUAAAGAAAAAAAUAGAUGACUGCAAUAUUAAAAAAUUAAAGAUUAAUAAAUCUGGAAAAGAAACUUCGGGAGUUAAAUUAAAAAGAAGAAAGAAAUGUAUUAAUCGUACUGGCUUUCCUGUCAAGAAAAAAAAAAAAAAGCGUGCAGAACUAUCUACUCCUGAAAUUUCACAAGUGAAACCUAAAAUCAAUGAUUCACAUCUGAAAUCUGAUUUAAUUGAACCGGAACGAAGAAGUAUUCGAGCUGUUGUUUUAAAUAAGCUUAAAGAAAAAAAAAAAGAUGAAAAAGAAGAUAGUGAAGCAAUUAACAUAAAUGUAACAAAAAAACUAAAAUUAGAUCAAGUAGAUGUAAAACCUCAUAAGAAAAAGGCUGACAAAAAACAUGUUAUACAAUCAUGGAAUUAUAGAAAAUUGAAAACUAAUGUAUAUUAUGACUUUAAACCAGUAUGUACUUAUGAAGCUCAAGCAUGUAACUGUAAAAUUCCAUUAGAGGGCAAAGGAUGUACUGAUGAUUGCAUUAAUAGAAUGAUAUUUGCUGAAUGCUCACCAGACUUAUGUCCAUGUAAUGAAAAGUGUUCCAAUCAACGCUUACAAAAACAAGAAUGGGCACCUGGUUUAGUAAAAUUUAUGACUGAAGAAAAAGGAUGGGGAAUAAAAACUUCUGAAGAAGUUAAAAAUGGCGAGCUACUUCUAGAGUAUGUUGGAGAAGUAGUUAGUGAACAAACAUUUAAAGACCGCAUGACUUCUAUUUACAAAAAUGAUGUUCAUCAUUAUUGUUUAAAACUUGAUGGUGGCUCAGUAAUUGAUGGUCAUAGAAUGGGAGGUGAAGCAAGAUUUGUCAAUCACUCUUGUGAACCUAAUUGUGAAAUGCAAAAAUGGAGUGUAAAUGGUUUGUUUCGUAUGGCAUUAUUUGCUCUUCGUGACAUAAAACCUAAUGAAGAAUUAUGCUAUGACUAUAAUUUUUCCUUGUUUAAUCCUGAUGAAGGGCAAUUGUGUAAAUGUAAAUCACCAAACUGUAGAGGUGUUAUUGGAGGUAAAUCACAACGAAUAGCAAAAAGUUCUCCAAGUGUUGUAACUAAUUUACCAACUAAUAGAAACCGUUCUCGAAAAGCUAUUCCGAAUACAAAUAGUUCACCAAAAAAAUCUACCUCCAUUGUUAGUAUUCAACAAAAGCUUAUUUCGAAUUCCCCUAUAGUAAUAGAUCAAGAAGAAAAAGAAUUGAUUUUCUUGCAUAAGAUAUGUUUGUAUAGAAAUAUUAUGAAAAUAGACAAGAUUCGAAUGAAAAAGAGAGGGAAAGAAAACAAACCCAAUCAAGCUGAAGUUUUUAGAGCACAAAUGAAUGCCCUUACUAAUAGUUGUUCAGUAAGAACAAGAAGAUUAACAACUGCCCAGAAUGAUCCAGAAAUGGAAAGAAAAGCAAAAUUAGCCACCAUUUUUAAACAGCUUUAUGAUAUAAUAAGUAAUGCUAAAGAAGAAACUGGUGAGUUACUUGCAAUGCCAUUCAUUUUAUUACCUUCAAAACGUAAAUCUCCCAAUUAUUAUCAAAAAGUUCAAGAACCAAUUGAUUUAACCACAAUUGGAAAUAAUAUUGAAAGUGGUGGUUAUGAUACUGUCAUGGAUUUUGAUUCAGAUAUUUUAAAGUUGUUAACAAAUAAUAUGAAAUACUAUGGACGGAUUUCUGAUUUAGGUGUUCUAUCUACUCGAUUAAGAAAAAUUUAUAAUUUAGCAAAGCUAGAAUUUGUUCCUAAGAUUGAAGAAAUAUUAGAUAAACCUAUUCCUGAAGCAUUUAUUGCUGAAAAAAAUAAUCCAGGUGGUGAUCAUGAUGAUGUAGUACGAUGUGUAUGUGGUUUACAUGAAGAAGAAGGUCUUAUGAUUCAAUGUGAACGUUGUUUAGUAUGGCAACAUUGUGAUUGUAUUAAAGCUGAUCCUGGUAACGUAGAAAAUUAUUUGUGUGAACGUUGUGAUCAUCGUGAAGUUGAUUAUGAAAUUCAAUUACCAAAUAGGCCUGGUUAUGCAGAACCAAAUGAAACUCACUACUUAACCUUGCUGCGAGGUGAUUUACAAAUACGUAUUAAUGACACUGUGUAUGUACUCAGAGAUAUAUUAAAUCCUGAAACUGGAAGAUCACAUUCUUACAAAACAAUUAAAGACUUUAAAUAUUCAGAUUGUGAUAUUUUUAGAGUUGAACGACUUUGGAAAAAUGAAUCUGGUGAACGUUUUUCUUUUGGCCAUCAUUAUUUAAGACCACAUGAAACAUAUCAUGAACCAACAAGAAAAUUUUACCCUAAUGAAGUUGUUAGAGUUCCUAUAUAUGAGAAGAUUUCUUUAGAUCUUAUAAUGGGUAGAUGCUGGGUUCUUGACCCCUCAACUUAUAGUAAAGGUUACCCUAUUGGUGCUAACCAUGAACAUUUAUAUAUAUGUGAGUAUAGAGUUGACAAAGGAGCUCGUAUGUUUGCCAAAAUGAACAAAUCUAAAAAUCCGCCAAUUUGUACAAAAAGUUAUGCUUUUGAAAAGUAUGAUCAAAAGUUGAAGUUAUCAAGAACUUUUGCUCCUCAUGGUCUUAUGGUUAAAGUUUCUAACAAUUCUGCCCCGUCACGACCUAAACAUAUUGAAACCAUUCCACCUUCUAAAAAAUUAUCUAAAGCGCAAGUUUCAGUUAAAAAAUUAAGAUUAGAUAGCAUUUUGAUCAAGCUUUUGAGUAAAUUUCCAGAAGAAGAUAAAGUGGAUGUUACGUAUUUAUUAGAACCUGGUAGACGACACAGAAAAAAACCUUCCUUUCUAGAGUUAUAAUUUUAAAGUAUUAUUUAUCUUGACAAACUAUCAAAAAUAUUGUUUAAAAAAUUAAGUUUUGAAUUGUAAAUAAAAAUUGUUUAAAAAUGUAAUUUUAUCUUGAGCACUCUUUACAUCUUUAUUAUUAUGUUAUUGAACUUGACUUUCUUUAUAUUAUUUGUAUAUUAAUACUUGAAAAAAAGUGAUUUUAAAUGUAUUCUAUUGUUAAUAAUAUUGUUAUGUUACUGUGUAAUGCAAUUAAUAU